CAUAUACGUUAUCAUCUUUAUCUUCAGAUGGCUAAAAUAACUCUUGUGGUAGCCUUAGCUGUAGCGUUAUGCAUUUGUGAAUCCCGUGCUCAAUCAAAUUAUGCAUCGCACGCCAAUAGCAUUGAAUACCAGGGAGAUGGACUUCCCGAAGAAGCUACCCUUGAUGGAAAGGUGACGAAACUCGACGAUCUCAGCCCAAUAAUAUUCUUGAAUCGAACAAAAGCUGCCCUGAACUGUGCUGCGGGAUCCAUGUUGGUGGAUCUCAAAUUUAACGAAAAGUUCUAUGGAACUGUAUAUGCGAAUUUUGACCGGAGCAGCGUUUGUCAGAUAACUGGCAAAGGACAAAUGACUUACAGCAUUGAACUACCUCUGAAGGGAUGUGGAACGAAGCAGGAACCACAACGUGUGUUCACUAAUAAUAUUGUAGUUCGCUUCCACCCUGGCUUAGAAAUGGAUGGUGAUGAGAUUAUAACAAUAGUCUGCCGUUACCCGCCACCUGAAGCACCAAUACCUGCCGGUCUUCCAGCUCCUAUCCUGACGGAUAUAAUACCGGCUUCCUUGGAACCACCACUGAAAGGAAUUCAAAUUAUUUUUAUUAUUUGUGCAAUUAUGUUCCUCACUUUGUUGCUCAUAGGUUUAGGUGUUUCUUACUACUGCCUCCGUAGACAGCCAAUGCCGAUUGUAAGAAGAGUGGUUCAUGUUGGAAGCGGUUCUGAAAUUACAGCUCUCGAAACCGGAAGCAUAGGAAGCAUAUCGGGAUUGAAACUACCACAUGCACAUGUCGCUUUGCACCAAACUCAAAGUAUCUCUGGAAGCGAUGGCCCUCUAAUACCAUCCGAUUACCCGAGUGAAUCCCACUCAGAAAAUGAGGAGGUUGACACUGGAUCUCUGCCAGUCAGUUCACAUGGCAGCUACGAGAAUAAUGCAUUCAUUCAGGAUGCAUCGAGUAUUUACAGUGAACAUUACGGUUUUACUCAAGAGAUUCGCAACGUAGCUGCUUGUGAAGCAUCGCCCAAGUUUGACAUUCAUGUUCGUGUCAAACGUACACCGCCUCCAUUGCCUUCACCACUAACAUCCGAUAGCGAAAGCAAUACGACGGUCAGCAGAAACGAACGGAACAACCUUUCGACAAUCAUGGAAUCUCACGAGGAUGCUCGAAGCGAUAGCGUACUAACAGUUGAAUCACUCCAAGAAGCAGGACACACUCAAUUUACAUAUACUCCCGAGCUGCACACUGUGCCAAAACACAUUCAACCAGCACCGAUAGUAUCCAAAAUUUCUAAAAACCAUCAGAAACAUAUUCUUCGAGAUACUUGGCCAGAAAAUUAUCCAGAUGGACAUCAAGUGUCAUCUACCCGUAGCAUUGUUUCACUUGGCACUGAAAUGACCGAUACUCAUUCAAUGACUGAAAUUCUUGAUUCCUCGCAUUUGUAUCCUCAUUCAACUUACUCUGACGUUGUCGAUCUUCAUCAAACGGAUGAUCUUCCUGAGCCUCAGAUUAGUGUUGUCAAGAGAAAUCAAAUAUCAUCCCAUAUUGUAGAUGACGUGUUCAUGCAAACAGUUACGGAAAAAACAACAAUCGAAGAUGUAGAACGUCACAAGCGUAUGGUGACCGAAUACAAAGCCAAGCCUGUGGUUGAUCCCAACUGGGAUGUUACUAUCAGGAAUUAUCGAGAAAACAACGAACCGGAAUGGGAGGACUUUUCUGACAUAUCAAGCGCCUCCGGUAUGACUAUUCCACGUGUUGCCCCGAUCCACAUGGCAGUGCCUACUUCGACAUAUAUUUCGGAGAAUGCCGUGAUGCUUCAGAGUCCCGAAUUGGUUGGCAAUAUGAAACCGAUCGAUAUACCACCAGAGGAUAAAACCGUUUCGAACUGGGAUGUUUUGAUUCGCGUUUUGCAAGAAGUUGAAAUGCCUGACACCGCAGUAUCGACAGCUUCUCUACAAAACAAUAGGGUUGCCGUUCCGUUGGUCCAUUCGUUGAGUUACGAUGACAAAAUUAAAUGGAAAGAAAUCAUUACAACGGAAUCUACAUUGAGAACAAUGUUAACCGAAGCAGUUGUUCGAGAAGAUUUUGAAAAAAUAAGAUCAGAUGCACGCUACGAGAAACUGUUUGAACCUCAAUCAUGGGAGAUCAUUAUGCGCAUUUUGGCUCCACCAGAUGAUGUAGAACUUCGCCGAUCCAAACGGAAAAAACGUGAAACCUGGGACACUCGCUCUCGUCGAAGCUCUUUGCCGACUUUAUAUGAAUAUGACAGCGACGGCGGAUCCUCUGUUCGUACUAUCACUCAAGAUCCUAUAAUUGUUACAACUCAAAACAGAGAAAGCUACAGCAGCAGCUCAAGACCUCGCUCUAGAAAAACUUCACGAUCUUCAUACAGUUCCAAUAAUGUCGACUACCGUUCAAUGACCGAAGUUAUGGUAGAUUUUGCAAAACCGAAAUACCCCGACAGUUAUUCGGAUGGAAGCUCGUAUUCUGCGCAACAGUAUUUUGAAGACGAUCAGUUUGAACAUCGUUCAAUGCAACGAUCGUCCAGCCAUCCGAGUUUGGCAAGAUCAGCUAGUGAAUUUACUGAACGAUGGGUAGCACCGGAUGAGAUGGAUUCAUCUACUCCUGAACCCAGUCCUCAUAUGGCCCGUCGAGAAAGAAAUGUUAUGGUUGAAGCUAAUGUUUCCGAUGUUGGAGGAAACCAUCACAUCAUACGCGAAAGUCAGACACAAUAUAUUGAAACACGACAAACUAAUUACCGAGUUGCUUCCGAUCGAAAUAACGAAUGGUGAUGUUUGCAGAAUUCAAGAAAUAGCGACAAUUUUAAUGAUAUGUGCCAAUAAUUCAUAGUAUAUACCGGAUUUUAUCACUAACAAAUCGUCUUCCGUACUUCUAACAUUUAUUUUAACUGCAAAUGUGUAUCAUGUAUCCUUACGAUCAAACUAAGCCCAGUUUACUGCUAAUUUUGGAUUGAAAAAAGUAUAUGUGUAUAGAAUAAUCCAGAUAAUAUAUAUGCUCGUUAUCUACUGAACUUUAGAAUAAAUUUAAUCUAAGAAAAAUGUUUUAUUAAUUGAGUUUAAUAACCAUCAACGAAUUUAUGUUUGGGAAUCACCUUGAUCUGGGGAUACAUGAAAAGAAAUAAAUGAUGUAUCAGCUGUGAUAAUCAACCGUUCUAUUACGUAAAGGAAGUUCCACGCUAUUGAUUGAUUGAACAUGGUUCGAAAGUUUCAAUCAUUUUAAACCUCCUUUGAAUAUCGGUAGGUUGCAUAGUAUUAUCGAAAGGUUGUUGAAUCACAAUAUAUCGUUUUUACCAGUGGUGGUGGGUUUUAAUUUACAUAAUUUUUAGAACACACUUGAAAAGCGAACAUCAAGUGUUUUAAAAAACAAUAAAUGCCUAAAGAUACAAAUUUAACACGGAAAUAAAUGCUUUAUCAAUGCACUAACCACACAA